AUGAACGCGUUGAGUCUCGCGAUUUUCGCCGUGUUGGCCCUCGCAGUCACCGCCUCAUUGCAAAAUGUGACAGUGAAGGGAAUCGCCGUCUGCGACAAGAAGCGAAUGCACAAUGUCCGAGUGCAACUUUUCGAUAGAGACACUUUGGAUCCAAACGAUUUGCUCUCCGAAAUUCACACGAAUCACAAUGGCGAGUUCGAGCUUUUUGGAGAAGAGGAUGAGCGUGGCUGGAUUGAGCCUUUCCUCCGCGUUUCCCACAACUGCCAUGCCAAGCCGAACUGUGCCCGAAUCGGCGAGUACGAAGUGCCGCGAAGUGCCAUUGGAGAUGUCUACGACAUGACCUACUUGACACUGGACAUUGUUGUCUCCGGCGAGAAAGAGCAAUGU